AAACCAUGAUAAUAUAUCAAACGUACCCUUGUUUGUAGGAUACAACAUAACAGAGGUGGCCCAUGACUGUGUCCGAUCAUUGAAAAAUUGGUUUGAGCAAAAGGGCAUCAAGAAUUCAUUUGACACCUGGCAUGGUACUAAAGGAGUGGCACGUGACAUGAAAAAAGUGUGCAGUGGUGCUCAACGUGAUGAGGGGAAGACAUGGUUCUCUGAAUUAUCAGAUAAAGCCAAAGCCACCAAAACACAUUUCUACUGGGCAAUGAGGAACAAUGAUGGGACUGAUGCUGGGUUUCAGAAGUACCUACUCAACAUUGUGGACCAUUACCAGGGCAAGCAUGACCACUGCAAUAAAGAUUCAAGAUGUCAACACCCAGGCUAUGUGUGCAGCAAAAAGCCCUUGACCUCACCACAAGCAAAAGAAGCCUACAUCAAAGCUAUAACAAAGACCACCAUCUACAAGAACCCUUCUGAUUAUCUUCUGGUUAGUGGGCAUGGACAAAAGCAAAUGACAUUUUAAACUCGACCAAGUGCACUGUGGUGCAUAUUGUUGUGUAGAACAAAUUUAUAAGACAAGGAACAUGCCAAUCGCAUAG